AUCUUUUUCCAAAAAAUUCUGAUUACCACUUUAUGGGGAUAAACUUUCCUAUUAUUUAUCGAAAAUCUAUUCCAAUUACGCACAACAUUGCGCUGUAAAAAAUUCCGGUUAGGAAAUUUUUUGUAUUUAGGCUACCGUGCUUGCCAUGUGUUGCUGUUCCCCUUGAUGUUAGGCUAGGUUUCGCUCUUGGCAGGACCUGGCAGCAAGCCAAAUGUUUUUAUACCGGAUAGUAAUCUUGAAAUUUGUUACUUGUGCACUUUAUAUUAACAUUUUGCAGACCAUCAUAUUUUGCAGAAAAACUAAUUUUAGUCGCGUUGUUCUUUUGUCUUUUUGAACAAGUAGAAUUUCCAUGGUGUUGUAUUUUCCAACACAAUGCAUGUGCUAAAAAAUCUAUAGUUUGUAUUUACACUCUGUUCCAAAGAUAUUUAUUGAGGUUUAUCUUUGUUUUUAUGAUUCUCAUUAGCAAUUUAAAGGGAAUAUUGGCCCGUGCAGACUUAAGUCUAUUCACAUUUUCGGACAAGAUGGCCGAUAUUCAUUUCUUGUUGGGUUUUCCCCUACUCGUUUUCACCUGUUUGCGCAUCCCGUUAUGUCUUGUUUACCUCAACGCUUCACUGCCCGUUUCUGUCACUCAUUUUCUUUCAAAAUAUAAGAUAAGCGAACAAUUGCUCUUGUUGAAGGUAUUAUGAACGUGGUUUGAAAACAUUAGUUUGUCAAAAAGGCCUCUAAUCCACAUGUAAUCGGAAAGUUUGGUUGCACAAUAAUUGCCUAUUCGAAGCUAAGCGUGCAAGAUGGUCACGCUAACUCUAGUGCGUUUAGAAAAAUUAUUUCAAGAUCGUUUUUCCAGAGUAUUUCCUUGCACGCUGCAAAGAAGAAACUGACCAUUCUCCAGGAAUUAAAAGCAAAGAUUCUAGAAGCCCAGUCUGAAAGCAAUCAGGAAAGUUCACCACCAAGGAAGUCAUUGCAUACUGCUCAAGCCCCCAAAAUGACUCAUAGACGAAACCUUUCGUACUGUGGUGCUAUUUCCCAAGCUGAAGAUGACUUUGUUCAAAGAUUCUCAGUUUUUUAUGUUGGAAAGGUGACAAUUUCACAAGCUCAAGCCCCACCAAAGUUUGUUGAUGAAAUGUUGAGGCAGAUCAAGUUGUUAGAGGUUGAGAGUAAAAAACACAAGAAAAAUGGCCACCAUGAAAGAAGUCCAGAGAAAAUAACUGGAAACACAAAACAUUCAUCUAGUGGAAAGAUCAUUGAUAUUCAUAGUAAUGACCAUCCAUCCACCAAUCCAAGUGAACAUACAUCAAGACUUAGGUCAGCAAGUGAUGGUGACAAAAGGUUGCCAACAAGCUUGCAACAGGAGAAGAAAGACUGUCAGCUACCAGGAGAAGAGAACAAUAUGAAGAACAAAGGAUGUGACUUGAAUGACGAUGUUUCACUGAGAGUUGUCAAAUUCCAAGUUUCAAUGUCAUCAUUAAUGCUUUUCAGUGCUGGAAACAAACAGCUGUUAUUAGAGAAGAAAAUACGUGAAAUAUCGUACUGCACCAAGGGUCAACAAAGGACUGAUCACUUUGGCUUUAUUUGUCGUGAGAAAAAGAAUCAUCUUUUGUAUCUUUUUCAGGGUGAAUCAGAACAUAUGGUUGACAUGAUAAUGAAGGCCAUGAAACAGGCAUUUAGUGAUGCACUGCAAGCGUCAGCCCAUUUAAGUUUGUGCGAGGCAUGUCCUAUACAGAACCUCAUCAGGCUCUGUGCAAAAGUAGAAGCUUCAUCUUUGUCAGAGCAGCAAGCAGCUGUGCAGGAGCAUAUACAAUCUCUCAAUGAAGCAGAGUAUCACUACGUCAUGAACAAGUUCAAUGCAAGUCGACCAGAUGGCGACAGUGAAAAAAUAACUCUCCUUGUGUGCCUCCUUCGCGCAGUUUACGACCAACGGCAAAAGCUCCAUAAACAUAAUUUACCGGGAAUGAGCCUAAAUGCUCCAACUCAAACGCACACAUUUGAUGAAACGAGAGACCGUUCCCGAAGUACAUUUUUCGAGAAAGCAAAAAAAUCCUUGACAAAUUCUUUCGAUAACCUGAUAAUGAGAAGGCAAAGAGCGAGAACUUGCCUGAAUACAGAUACACCUUUAUCUGUAGACACGACAAACAACGGGAAGUUAACUUCUGACAACAAGAGAUGUUUAUCGCCCAAUUUGCCAAGAGCAUCAAGCGAGGAACACGUCAAUGAGCGUCAGCGAAGUCGAACAUUCAACAGUUGUCCACCGACGCCGGAUUAUCAGUCGACUAGUCAAACCAGGUUUGUCAUUCCUGAAAGUGAUGCAGAGACAAAGGCUGAAUCGAACAAUGAUCGAGAAAAGGAGGCUGUCGUCAAAGACGAGCCGGAGGAAAAAACUGGAAUUAAGAAGAAGCCUUUCGGGAGACAAGGCUCUUGGAGACAGCAAAUUUACAACACGGUCACUGUGGACGUUUCAAUCAACGAAGAGAAGAAGGAAGAUUCGAGCUCGCUUGCAAAAGCAAGAUGGCGAAAAGCAAUUAUGGAGCAAAUCCUGCUCAUCCGAAUGGAAAGAGAAAACCAGAAUUUAGAGACAAAAAUUAGCGCAACAGAAACAAGACGUGAGAAACUGAGCUACGAAGUUUAUGAACAUUGCAGUGCCGAAGCUGCAAAGACGUGGGAUGAAAUUCUUGCGAAAAAUUGGAAAGAGAAGGUUGACGAUCAACUGCUUAUGGCUGCUGUAAAGUCUGGCGUUCCUAAAUAUCGACGCGGUGAAGUCUGGAAGUUUCUCGCGCAGCAGCAUGCAAUCCGGGCUCCUAAAAAAGACGAAGACCAAAGAAAUUCGAAAAGUUAUGAAGAGCUUCUGGAACAGCCAACCACACAUCAACAUGCUAUUUUGAUCGAUAUUGGCCGCACCUUCCCCUCACAUGCAUACUUCAACGUCUCUCUUGGAGCUGGUCAAAUUGGCCUUUUCAAUACCUUGAAAUCCUACUCACUGUUGGACGAUGAAGUCGGCUAUUGUCAAGGACUUAGUUUCGUGGCAGGGUUGCUGUUGAUGCACAUGUCAGAGAAGGAAGCUUUUGACUUGUUCAAAUAUGUGAUGUUUAACAUUGGAAUUCGCAGUCAGUACAAACCUGAUAUGAAUGCUGUUCAGCAACAACUUUAUCAGCUAUCUCGUUUGUUACACGAUGUACACCCCAACAUCUAUGAACAUUUCAACACACAUGACGUCACCCCAACCCUCUACGCAGCGCCAUGGUUUCUCACGCUGUUUGCAUCGCAUUACCCAAUUGGCUUUGUAGUCAGAGUUAUGGAUCUUUUGUUCCUGCAAGGACUGGAAGUUGUUUUCAAGAUUGGUCUUGGCCUGUUUGCCAAUAGCUGUACGGAUAUUCUUGAGUGCGAUGGCUUUGAGACAAUAAUUGACUAUAUGAAAAACGGACUGCCUGAAACAGUCAAGACGGAUAGUCAAGAAUUAAUUGCAAAAGCGUUGGAUAUGGACAUAAAAUACCAGCUGAACUUAUUUGAGGUUGAAUAUCAGCUCUUGCACGAAGAGAUGAUUGAUAUACGUCAAAAUCGGGAGAGAUAUGAAAAGCUCGAGGCUGCAAACAAGGAACUGGCGCAACAAGUUAACGAUUUAAAAUGCGAGCUAGACUAUGCAAAGGAGAGUGCAGAGGCAAUGAGGAAAGAGUUGUUGGAAACGAGAGAGCAUUUACGCAAUACCGACGUAUUGAGUACACAAAACCAAGAACUGAUGUUUCGAGUUGCUUUGUUGGAGGAUGAACUGAAGUCACUUGGAUCCAAAGGAGGAUAUAAGCAUGUAGAAGAAACAGACGGGGCAUCGAUGUCACCAGCAUCGUCAGAAGUCGAUGGGAUUAUGUUAAGUGGGCUCGAAAAGAAAUAUUGUAUUGAGACUCAAUCGAGUGUAGAAAAGAGCUGGGAACUAGUGCCCAGCCCUGCAACAGUUAGCCAGGAAAUGAUUAGAAAUUCGCCAGGGUCGAACAGAAGCAUUAACGGUGCUAUUUCAAAAGAGGACCUCGAGUCUUCCGAAGAAGCUAAGGAACGACAUCCUAUCUUGAUCAACUGCAAGUCAAGUAGCGCCGAGUCUUAUGAAUCAGACGACCUUAUUUGCUUCGACGAUUCAACAGCAUGUGGACUUAGCAGUGGCGUAAAUAAGGUUCUGUCAUCGUCAGAAGAAUCGUUGUUGGACGAAAACACGGACCAAAAAGCCUGCUCCAAGUCUCCACUGAAGAAAAAGAGACCGGCACUUCCUGUUAUUCACACCACUGGCCUCCUUGCUACAUGCAAAGAUCCAGAAAUGAUCAGCAAAGAAUAAGGUCCGUUUUAUUGCUUCGUUUUAAUGUACCUCUGUAGAUGGCAAAUAUUUGUAGCUAGAUGAUAACAUAAGGAUAUUUCAAAGAAAAGCUCUUUGUGCAGGACGCUUCGUAGAAGAUGUUCAAGACGAUUUGUAUAAUCUGUGCAGGAUCUUUCAUAGGUGUGCUCUCAUCUCCAAUAGGUUUCAUCAUAUCCCCAAUAGGUUAGUUGUACUGAAUACAGCUCUGAGGAACAAAGCUUUGAUCUAUUUCUAGCAGGACUAGAAUGGUCACUUGUCCAUUGCUGUACCUGGUGUACAUGGCUGUUUUGUUCUUCAUCGACCGUAUAAUUUUCUUCAAGAGAAAUAUCAAUUACCUCUAAAAUAAACUGAAGAGAACAUUGAUCAAAAUCUUCACUUGUUACUAGUCAAACUUUUGGUUAGUAGUAACAGUCACAAACACACCAAAGCGUUCUUUUAUAGAAAGUUGUGGUACCAAUCCUCUUAGAUGAGACCCACCCCUUUUAAGGAGGCUAUAUAUACUGAGAGUUUCCAAUGGACAGAGUAAACAAACUCCAUACAUUGUUGAAGGUUUAAUUCCAAUUAACGCUUACUAGCACAAUAGUUCAGAUAAACACCAAGAAUUGAUUGCACGACCAUUUGCACAAUCGAAAUUGAAAGACACAGAUUGUUCUGCAGGCCUGAACUUGCUUCAUAAAAAAUAUUUAAAGGAAAAAGAGCUUUUUCUUUGUUAUCUUUUUAUUUGGAGUUUAACAGAUAACUAUUGCGUUUUUAAUAUCUGCUGUUGAUUUCUCGACUAUGAUUGCAAAGUAUGGCGUUUUCAGAUUGGGUGUCGCAUGCUUAAGAAAUUAUUAUUCCUAAGUUUUGCUGUUUUUGUGAAAUGUUAUUGAUAUUUGAGUUUUGAGUCGUUUGAAGUUUCAUUUCGUUAUUUGGAAGCAAAGAGGCAAGGACGCAUUUUUGUUUUGUGAAUAAUGAUGCAGUUAAGCCAACGAAGGGUUUUUGCUGUAAUGAAUGAUUUUCAAUGUCAAAUAUCAAACUGGAUGAGCUUUCUUGUAACUGUGAAAAAAAGAUUCGCUACAAGAAAGACUCUUAUUUUUAAAAAAAUACGACUUUUCAUUUGCGUUAUAUUCUUAAAUUUUACCUAUAUGUUUAAAAAUGUCAGAAUUUAUGUGUUGAAUACCUUGAUUUCUACCGAAAUUCACUAUCUGGUAAAAUGUAUUAUAUUUUUGAUCAAAAUCACUUGACCUCGACCUCGAGUUGGUGGGCAUUCGCACUUAAUACUAGUUGAAAAACAACCUUCAAAUGUUCUCAUGACGUUUGAUUCAAUCUAUAAACCAAAGAAAUUGCACUGUCAUGUCAACACCUACAUUUAGCGGUUUGAUGUUAGCAUUUGUUUCCAAUAACAUUUUUCAAGCAGCAUAUUAUCCGCUGUAAAAGACAUCAACCAUUUUACAAGUAUUAUUAGCCCUAUUUUAUAUUUUUUAUGACACCAACAUAUCCCCCCCCCCCCCCCGCUUAUAUGUUGUUGUAGUUAUGCCGAUCCUGAAGUCUGCGAAUUUCCACCAACUAGAUAAUAUCUCUUUGAUAUUAAUAUACCCAAGCAACUUUUCUGACCCUGGGCGCUUAUGUCCCUCUUUGUCCAUUAACGUAGUUUUCGUAUUACUGUGCUCAGGUUUUUUUAAUAUUUCUGCAUUUGAUAUAAGCAGUUUCUUAAAAUGUUCACAAAAAUGAGUCCAACUACAUGUUUAUGGUUACAGAGAGGCACAUAAAGGGAACAGAUUUGGUGUAAAAACGUAAAUAUUGUGAAUUAAGUUAAAUAAAAAAGAGGAAAGUUGCUUGCGUUUAAGUAAGCAUAUUAUAUCAUUUAUUAUCAACAAGUUUAUUGAAGGAAGAUUUAUAAAUGAGAAUAGCUUAAAUUGAUAAAAA